GGAAAAUUUAAGAACAACAAUUAGGACUACCAGAGUAUAUUUGUAUGUCAAUCACCAAUCAUGGCUUUGUUGUAUGGCAAGAAAUGUAGAGAGGACGGUAUCAUACUGUCUCUAGAUGGUUAUCAGGUGACGAGAUAACCAAUGAGGAAACUUGAGCAAUGGAGAAACACAGCGAAACAUGGAACAAGCAGACAGAGGAGCAAAGGCAAGUACAUCAGGAGAGGCCUCCAUCACCUGCCUCCACCUGUCUGUCUAUGAACAGUGACAAGUCUCAGGAUCGUCACAUCACAUUCCAGCAUGGAGACCCAAAAGAGACAUCAAGACAAAUCGGUCUGCUAUUGUGCAAUAGGCAAGUCCCUGAGGAGAGACCUCCAUCACCUGCCUCCACCUGUCUGUCUAUGAAGAGUGACAAGUCUCAGGAUCGUGGCAUCACAUUCCAGCAUGGAGACCCUCUAGAGACAUCAAGGCAAGUCCCUGAGGAGAGACCUCCAUCCCCUGCCUCCAUCUGUCUGUCCAUGAAGAGUGACAAGUCUCAGGAUCAUGGCAUCACAUUCCAGCAUGGAGACCCUCUAGAGACAUCAAGGCAAGUCCCUGAGGAGAGACCUCCAUCCCCUGCCUCCAUCUGUCUGUCCAUGAAGAGUGACAAGUCUCAGGAUCGUGGCAUCACAUUCCAGCAUGGAGACCCUCUAGAGAAACCAAGCAGCAAAAUGGAGGACAACAUAUCACAUGCAGACAGUUCCCAGUCUACCCAGAUUCCACAGUGCAAUCUGGAUCAUAUAUUGCAGGAUCUUGAAAAUAAGAUCUUUGCAUUCCUGAGGAAUGAGCUGAAAAGAUUCAAGUGGAUUCUGAGUCCAGACUACAUAGAGAAAUCUGAGCAUAAAGAUGAUGAGGAUGACAGUGAUGCCAGAGAAGGUGCUCUGAAGAUGGCACUGCACUUCCUCAAGACCAUGGAUCAGAAGGAGCUUGCUGAAACACUGCAAAAAAAUGAAAAGGAUACAGUUUGUCGCAUUGAGUUGAAGAAGAGCCUUCAGAACAGGUACCAGAGUGUGUUUGAAGGAAUACAAACGCAAGCAGGUUCUGCUCUGCUAGAAAAGAUCUACACAGAAGUCUACAUCACAGAGGGAGGAAGUGGGAAAGUGAAUGAGGAACAUGAGAUCAGACAGAUUGAGAUGAAAUCCAAACUAUCAGCUGGACAAGAGACACCAAUCAAAUGCAGUGAUAUCUUCAAGCUCUUACCAGGACAAGAUAAACCGAUCAGAAGAGUCAUAACAAAGGGAGUGGCUGGCAUUGGUAAAACUGUGUCAGUCCAGAAGUACAUACUGGACUGGGCGGAGGGCAAAGAAAACCAGGACAUCCACUUCAUAUUUCCCAUACCAUUUCGGGAGAUCAACCUCAUCAGGGAAAAACAGUUUUCUAUGAUGGCACUGCUCCACCACCUUUUUUCUGAAAUUAAACCGUUAACAUUUCAGAGCCAAGAAAAGUGCAAAGUGUUGUUCAUCUUGGAUGGUCUGGAUGAAUGUCAACCUCAGCUUAACUUCCAGAAAAGUCAUAGUUUGACUGAUGUUGCAGAGGUGUCUUCAGUGGACUUGCUCUUGACAAACCUGAUCACAGGUCAUCUGUUUCCUACUGCUUUACUGUGGAUCACCUCUCGACCAGCAGCAGCCAAUCAAAUUCCACCAGUGUGUGUUGAUCGUGUUACAGAGGUACAAGGCUUUAGUGACCCACAGAAGGUGGAGUACUUCAGGAAGAGGAUCAGUGAUCAGAAUGUUGCUGAAGGAGUAAUCUCCCACCUCAGAUCAUCUAGGAGCCUCUACAUCAUGUGCCACAUACCAGUGUUUUGCUGGAUUGCUGCUACUGUUCUUCAGCAGUUCAUCGCAGGGGGUGAAAAGGUUCCAAAGACGUUGACAGAGAUGUAUACAUACUUCCUUGUCUUUCAAAACAGACAGCGGGGCCUAAAGUUUGAUGACGUGCAUGAUGAGGAUCCUCAGUGGAACCAGGAUAGUCUCCUUGGUCUUGGAAGACUAGCCUAUGAACAACUGGAAAAAGGAAACCUGAUCUUUUAUGAAAAUGAUCUGAAAGAAUGUGGUGUUGAUGUAGAGGAGGCAGCAGUUCGUUCUGGCAUCUUCACCCAAAUGUUUCAAGAAGUAUCAGGUGUGAUCCUGGGGAAAGUUUACAGCUUUGUGCAUUUAAGUAUCCAGGAGUAUCUUGCAGCAUUGUAUGUGUUCCUGAUGAUGAGAAAUAAAAGGAAAGACCUUGUGUCAAUAGAGCAACCACAAGCAAGUAAUUUGUGGUUAGAAAGAAUGUUUCCUCCAAAGAUGCAGGAAUUAAUAACUACUAUGCAAAAGAGUGCUGUGGACAAAGCUUUCCAGUGUGAAGAUGGACGCUUUGACCUUUUCCUUCGUUUCCUUCUUGGCCUCUCACUGUACCCCAACCAGAAUCGACUACACGGCUUAUUGCAGAAUCAACACAUUCAGACUGACAAUGAAGAAACAAUCAGGUACAUUAAGGGCAGAAUAAGCGAAGCUUCUUCAUCAGAAAGGGUGAUCAACCUCUUCCACUGUCUGAAUGAACUCAAUGACCACUCAUUAGUGGAGGAGAUACAGAGCUUCCUGAGUGCAGGGACUCUGUCAGAAGCCCAACUCUCCCCUGGCCAGUGGUCAGCACUAGUGUUUGUGUUGCUGACAUCAGAGGACAAGCUGGAUGUGUUCGACUUGGAGAAGUACGGCAAGUCUGAUGAAGUCCUGAUAAGACUGCUGCCUGUACUGGAGGAAUCCCAAACCGCUCUGCUCAACCACUGUAAUCUCACUAAACAAAGUUGUGCAGUACUGGCAAGUGUUAUCUGCAAACCAUCCUCAAAACUGAAGAGUUUGGAUCUCAGUGGCAACAACAUUGGAGAUAUUGAAGUUGGAGAAAUUUGUAAUGGACUGAAAAUCUCAAUCUGUACUCUGGAGAUGCUCAACUUGUCUAACUGCAGUUUUGGAGAGGAAGGCUUCAGAGUUCUUGUAUCAGCAUUGAGAUCAAACCCCUCACACAUGAGAGAACUGCAGCUGAGUGGGAAUAAAGCAGAAGAUUCAGGAGUGAAGCAUCUUUCUUCACUUCUGGAGGAUCCCAACUGUAAACUGGAGAAACUAAACUUGUUUAACUGCAGUUUUGGAGAGGAAAGCAUCAGAGCUCUUGCAUCAGCACUGAGAUCAAACCCCUCACACAUGAGAGAGCUGCAGCUGAGUGAGAAUAUAGCAGGAUAUUCAGGAAUGAAGCAUCUUUCUUCUCUUCUGGCGGAUCUCAACUGUAAACUGGAGAAACUAUACUUGUCUAGCUGCAGUUUUAGAGAGGAAGGCUUCAGAGCUCUUGCAUCAGCACUGAGAUCAAACCCCUCACACAUGAGAGAACUGCAGCUGAGUGAGAAUAUAGCAGGUGAUUCAGGAGUGAGGCAUCUUUCUUAUCUUCUGGAUGAUUCCAACUGCAAACUGGAUAAACUAGACCUGUCUAAGUGCAGUUUUGGAGAGGAAGGCUUCAGAACUCUUGCAUCAGCACUGAGAUCAAACCCCUCACACAUGAGAGAGCUGCAGCUGAGUGGGAAUCAAGCAGGAGAUUCAGGAGUGAAGCAUCUUUCUUCUCUUCUGGAGGAUCCCAACUGUAAACUGGAGAAACUACACUUGUCUAAGUGCAGUUUUGGAGAGGAAGGCUUCAGAACUCUUGCAUCAGCACUGAGAUCAAACCCCUCACACAUGAGAGAGCUGCAGCUGAAUGGGAAUAAAGCAGGAGAUUCAGGAGUGAAGCAUCUUUCUUCUCUUCUGGAGGAUUCCAACUGUAAACUGGAGAAACUAGAUCUGAGGUACUGCGAUAUUACAGAUGAAGGCUUCAGGUGUUUAGCAGCAGCACUGAGAUCAAAGCCAUCAGCCCUCAGAAAGAUUUGGCUGUGGGGGAAUCCACUUGGACCUUCAGUAGAAAAGCUGCUCUCUGAACUACAACAAGAUCCAAACUGUAAAGAUAUAAAAAUAUGUAUAUGUCGGCAAGUCCCUGAGGAGAGACCUCCAUCACCUGCCUCCACCUGUCUGUCUAUGAAGAGUGACAAGUCUCAGGAUCGUGGCAUCGAUUUCCAGCAUGGAGACCGAAAAGAGACAUCAAGGCAAGUCCCUGAGGAGAGACCUCCAUCACCUACCUCCUCCUGUCUGUCUAUGGAGAGUGACGAGUCUCAGGAGCGUGGCAUCACAUUCCAGCAUGGAGACCCACAAGAGACAUCAAGCAAAAUAGAGGGAAAUAUAUCACAUGCAGCCUGUGACCAGUUAACCCAGAUUCCACAGUGCAAUCUGGAUCAUAUACUGCAGGAGCUUGAAAAUAAGAUCUUUGCAUUCCUGAGGAAUGAGCUGAAGAGAUUCAAGAGGAUUCUGAGUCCAGACUACAUAGAGAAAUUUGAGCAUAAAGAUGAUAAUGAUGACGAGACUAAUGCCAGAGAAGGGGCUCUGAAGAUGGCACUGCACUUCCUUAGGACCAUGGACCAGAAGGAGCUUGCUGAAAAACUGCAAGAAAAUGAAAAGGAUGUACUUUGUCAAGCUGAGUUGAAGAAGAGCCUUCAGAACAGGUACCAGGUGGUGUUUGAAGGAAUACAAAUGCAAGGAGGUUCUGCUUUUCUUGAAAAGAUCUACACAGAAGUCUACAUCACAGAGGGAGAAAAAAGGAAAGUUAAUGAGGAGCAUGAAGUCAGACAGAUUGAGAUGAAAUCCAAAAUAUCAACUGGACAGGAGACACCAAUCAAAUGCAGUGACAUCUUCAAGCUCUUACCAGGACAAGAGAAACCGAUCAGAAGAGUCAUCACAAAGGGAGUGGCUGGCAUUGGUAAAACUGUGUCAGUUCAGAAGUACAUACUGGACUGGGCUGAGGGCAAAGAAAACCAGGACAUCCACUUCAUAUUUCCACUACCAUUUCGGGAGCUCAACCUCAUCAGAGAGAAACAGUACUCUAUGAUGGCACUUCUCCACCACCUUUUCUCAGAAAUGAAGCCGUUAACCUUUCACAGCCAAGAGAAGCGCAAAGUCUUGUUCAUCUUGGAUGGACUGGAUGAAUGUCGACCUCAGCUGAACUUUCAGAAAAGUCAUAGUUUGACUGAUGUCACAGAGGUGUCUUCAGUGGACAUACUCUUGACAAACCUGAUCAAAGGUUAUCUGUUUCCCACUGCUUUAGUGUGGAUCACCUCUCGACCAGCAGCAGCCAAUCAAAUUCCACCAGUGUGUGUUGAUCGUGUUACAGAGGUACAAGGCUUUAGUGAGCCACAGAAGGAGGAGUACUUCAGGAAGAGGAUCAGUGAUCAGAAUGUUGCUGAAGGAGUAAUCUCCCACCUCAGAUCAUCUAGGAGCCUCUACAUCAUGUGCCACAUCCCAGUGUUUUGCUGGAUUGCUGCUACUGUUCUUCAGCAGGUCAUGGCAGGAGGUGCAAAGGUUCCCAAGACGUUGACAGAGAUGUAUACAUACUUCCUUGUCUUUCAAAACAGACAGCGGGGCCUGAAGUUUGAUGACGUGCAUGAUGAGGAUCCUGAGUGGAACCAGGAUAGUCUCCUUGGUCUUGGAAGACUAGCCUAUGAACAACUGGAAAAAGGAAACCUGAUCUUUUAUGAAAAGGAUCUGAAAGAAUGUCGUGUUGAUGUGGAGGAGGCAGCAGUUCGCUCUGGCAUCUUCACCCAAAUGUUUCAAGAAGUAUCAGGUGUGAUCCUGGGGAAAGUGUACAGCUUUGUGCAUUUAAGUAUUCAGGAGUAUCUUGCAGCAUUAUAUGUGUUCCUGAUGAUGAGAAAUAAAAGAAAAGACCUUGUGUCAAUAGAGCAACCACAAGCAAGUAAUUUGUGGUUAGAAAGAAUGUUUCCUCCAAAGAUGCAGAAAUCAAUGGCUGCUAUGCAGAAGAGUGCUGUGGACAAAGCUUUCCAGUGUGAAGAUGGACGCUUUGACCUUUUCCUUCGUUUCCUUCUUGGCCUCUCACUGGACUCCAACCAGAGUCAAUUACAUAGCUUACUGCAGAAUCAACAUCUUCAGACUGACAAUGAUGAAACAAUCAGAUACAUUAAGGGAAGAAUUAGCAAAGUUCCUUCAUCAGAAAGGGUGAUUAACCUCUUCCACUGUCUGAAUGAACUCAAUGACCACUCGUUAGUGGAGGAGAUACAGAGCUUCCUGAGUACAGGGACUCUCUCAGAAGCCCAACUUUCACCAGGCCAGUGGUCAGCAGUAGUGUUUGUGUUGCUGACAUCAGAGGACAAGCUGGAUGUGUUCGACUUGCAGAAGUACGGCAAGUCUGAUGAAGGUCUGGUAAGACUGCUGCCUGUACUGGAGGAAUCCCAAACCGCUCUGCUCAACGACUGUAAUCUCACUAAAGAAAGCUGUGCAGCAAUGGCAAGUGUCCUCCGCAAACCAUCUUCAAAACUGAAGAGUUUGGAUCUCAGUAGCAACAAUAUUGGAGAUACAGAAGUUGGAGAAAUUUGUAAUGGGCUGAAGAACUCCAUCUGUACUCUGGAGAUGCUCAACUUGUCUAACUGUGGUUUUGGAGAGGACGGCUUCAGAGCUCUUGCAUCAGCACUGAGAUCAAACCCCUCACACAUGAGAGAGCUGCAGCUGAGUGGGAAUAUAGCAGGAAAUUCAGGAGUGAAGCAUCUUUCUUCUCUUCUGGAGGAUCCCAACUGUAAACUGGAGAAACUACAUCUCUAUUACUGCAGUUUUAGAGAGGAAGGCUUCAGAGCUCUUGUAUCAGCACUGAGAUCAAACCCCUCACACAUGAGAGAGCUGCAGCUGAGUGGGAAUAAAGCAGGAGAUUCAGGAGUGAAACAUCUGUCUUCUCUUUUGGAGGAUCCCAACUGUAAACUGGAGAAACUAGAUCUCCAUUACUGCAGUUUUGGAGAGAAAGGCUUCAGAGCUCUUGCGUCAGCACUGAGAUCAAAUCCCUCACACAUAAGAGAGCUGCAGCUGAGUGGGAAUAAAGCAGGAGAUUCAGGAGUGAAGCAUCUUUCUUCUCUUCUGGAGGAUCCCAACUGUAAACUGGAGAAACUAGACUUGUCUAGCUGUAGUUUUGGAGAGGAAGGCUUCAGAGCUCUUUCAUCAGCGCUGAGGUCAAACCCCUCACACAUGAGAGAGCUGCAGGUGAGUUGGAAUAAAGCAGGAGAUUCAGGAGUGAAGCAUCUUUCUUCUCUUCUGGAGAAUCCCAACUGUAAACUGGAGAAACUAGACCUCCAUUACUGCAGUUUUGGAGAGGAAGGCUUCAGAGCUCUUGCAUCAGCACUGAGAUCAAACCCCUCACACAUGAGAGAACUGCAACUGAGUAGGAAUAAAGCAGGAGAUUCAGGAGUGAAGCAUCUUUCUUCUCUUCUGGAGGAUCCCAACUGCAAACUGGAGAAACUAGAUCUGAGGUACUGCGAUAUUACAGAUGAAGGCUUCGGGUGUUUGGGAGCAGCACUGAGAUCAAAGCCAUCAGCCCUCAGAGAGAUUUGGCUGUGGGGGAAUCCACUUGGACCCUCAGCAGAGAAGCUGCUCUCUGAACUACAACAAGAUCCAAACUGUAAAGAUAUAAAAAUAUGUAAAUGAACAUCCUUCCAUUCCCAUGCUGUGUGCUGAAGCAUCUAUAAUAGUCAUGAAACAUGCCAUGAAACACACAUACACACACACCACUGAUCACAGCAAUGCAGUACUGUAUUGUACUGCAUGCAUUGUACUCCGAAAUACUACUGAGUAUUAAAGUCACAUAAACAUAAGAAGACACAACAUAUACGCCACUGAUUGCAGUCAGUCUGUAAAAUAUCAGUCCUGUGUAUGUCUAUGUCUUGGCAUGGUGUAGAGAGAGAAGCGUAAUUUCAUUUUCCUUGUAUAACUUGUGCAUAUGAAGAAAGUGACAAUAAAAGCUGACUUGACUUGACUUGAUUUGAAUAAUACAGAACUGUGUACAGUGCUCUGAAAUACCCUCCACUACUGAGUAUUAUAGUCACAUAAACACAUGAAGACACAAGGUAUGUGUCACUGAUUACAGUGGGGAUGAAUACAGUGGUUGCAUUUCCAUGAAGUGUUCUGUAAUUCUCCUCCACACUUAGCGCAUUCAGGCCGACUGAGAACCGUGCUGGAGCCCGUUCCCGCACCUAAUCGCGAACCGGCCGUCGUGUUCACACCACAGAUAUUUGCGUUCGCGAACCGGAAAAUUGGUUCGCAAUGCGAACCGCAAAAUACUAGGUUUUUCUCUGCGAACCGUGACGACAGCGUGGUCGUCAGCAGAUUCAUCCGGGUGACACAGUCACGUGCGGAAUAAGUUCAGAGCCCGGUAUGAACACUGGCGGUUCGCAAACAAACACUUUAGUGCCGAACGUAACUGGUGCGAGCACCGACACCGGCUCUGUUCUGGUCGGCCUGAAAGUCAUAACUGAGUAUGAAAGUCAUUAAACAUGUGGCACACAUCACUGAUAACAGUUUGGAGGAAUGUUAUCACUAGUCUGGCCAUGGAACUGGUACUGGCUGUCAGGUUCAAGAGAAUGUGCUUAUGACUGUAUUUGUGUGUGAGUGGGCAUGUAUAUUGCGCUUGAUGUUUUUAUGUUUUGUUUUUGUGUACCUCUAAAGUGUAUUUCACUGUCUGUUUUUUUUAUCCAUGUUGGCUGUAACACGUUAUGAUGGUUGGUGAAAACAAAUUUCCCCUUGUGGAAAAU